AUGCGUCGAUCAACAAGCGAUGUAAGGCAACGGGAGACACGAAAGUCCUAUGCGAUAGAGCAGAAUGGAACACGACGUCGAAACGCAAGUGUCCCUUUUAAUAACAAUAAGCAAGAGAAGACUUAUUUUCCCCAGGAUAGUGAAACCGAUUUUCUCUGUGAUAGAGCCGUCGAGUUUAUGGAGUCUGGUGAUAUCUGUAGUAUUGUAACCGUGGAACUAGCUGAACAAAGCUCCUACUUUGAAAGAUUACUUCGGUAUCAUAGAGGCAGAGGCAUUAUUCGAUUACCCGAAUUUUUGAAUGCUGGUUUUUAUUCUGUUGUGGAAUAUAUCAGACGUGGUAGUACCAAAAUUACCCCUGAGAAUAUAUAUGAUGUUUUUAUUGCUGCUGACUAUUUGUUGGUGCCGAAAUUAAAGGAAGAAUGUGCUAGCUACAUUAAUGAACUUGCCAAUGAUCCUUCGGCAGCAAUUAAUCUCUGGAUGAAUGGACGUAAACUUUUCUGGGCAGAAAUCGGCGAGACUGCAUAUCAGAAGAUCUUGGAGAACUUCGAAACCGUUUGGAAAUCGGAUGAAUUUCUUCAAAUGGAGUCUGAAGAUAUAGAAAGCAUAUUGAAGAACGAUGCUCUUAAUUGUAAAAGUGAAGUGUCUGUCUACAAAGCUAUAGUAAGAUGGGUGGCAAGCGAUCUUAAAUUACGCGCCGAACAUGCUCUGAAACUCCUCUCAAAUGUGCGAAUGGGAAUGAUGAGAAAUAGCGAUCUUGAACAAGUUAAGAGUCAUGAACACCUGAUGCUGAUACCAGAAUUCGCUCAGAUUGUUCAAAAUUGGCCAAAUAGCAUCCAUUCUUUAAUGGAUCGUCUUGACGUUUAUCAGAAGCUUAAAUUGACUAAACCCAGAACCCCACACGAGGUCCUUUGUGUUUUCGGAGGAUGGUGCGAUGGCGAAGGACCUAGGGCAGCAGCUCAAAUUUUUAGUCCUUGCAGUAAUUCGUGGACUCUUUGGACAGAUCUCGGUUGUCAAACUCAAUGUCCUCACUACGAGUGGUUAGCCAACCUCCGUUCUGACGGCCCGGAUUCUCCAAAACUUCCAGAAGGACUUUUUCAAUGUGAAGAAAAAUUCACCACUUCUAAUGAUAUUUCCUGUCUGAUAGGAGAAAUUCCCAGAAGAGUAUAUGCGGGUUGUGUUCAAGUGAGAAACCGUGUUUACCUAGUGGGAGGUUUUGACGGUUCAAAUGCACUGAAAUCCACUCUUUGCUAUGAUUUCGAAGUCGACUCCGGAUGGUAUGAGAUAAGUUGCAUGUACGAAAAACGGUAUUAUGUAAGCGUAGCAUACGCUUCAAACUACAUAUAUGCCCUCGGUGGUCAUAAUGGAGAAAAUCAAGGUAGAUUAGACACCGCUGAACGCUACAAUCUGGAUGAGAAUCUUUGGCAACCGAUAGCCUCAAUGAAUCGUGUUCGAAGUGAUGCAGCAGCUGCUGAACUUAAUAGCAGAGUUUACGUUGCAGGGGGAUUCGAAGGGCGCCGUUAUCAUGACUCUGCGGAGUACUAUGAUUCUGAAGCUAAUCAGUGGACUCUCAUCAGCCGUAUGCAUUCUCCACGAGGUGGAAUAUCAUUGGCUUCCCAUGGCGGCUAUCUUUAUGCUAUUGGUGGUAACGAUGGAAGUGCACGCCUCAGAAGUAUUGAACGCUACGAUCCAAUGUCGGGCAAGUGGGAGAUUGUUGGACAAAUGAAUAAAAGAAAGAGCAACUUAUCUUCUGCGGUGCUUGGUGAUGACAUUUACAUUAUUGGUGGCUGGUCUGAUGAACCCGAAGCGGGUAUUCUUAAUAUCGUAGAAAGGUUUGAUACCAAUACCAGAGAAUGUAUCGAGGUUCGUCCAUUGACUUUCCCCGCAAGUGCCACUUGUGCUUGUACACUAAAGAACCGGAACUUAGUAUCAAAGUAUGUGGAUCCACAGACGAGUAGAUAUCAAGCUUGGACAACCGCUGAUGAAGUAAAUCCGGUCCAUAGCACAGAUACAGUUGCCAUCAUAUCAAACCCAUCACUACCUGAAUCCAAUAAUAACAUAAACCAUGAUUCAAUGAGCGUCGCAAGCGAUUCAACUUUAUUUGAGGCCAAUAUUAAUCGCAAUUCGAGUACAAAUAAUUUGUUUUAUGAUAAUAUGCAACUAGACAGUGAGGAUUCCCGUUUCGAACACAGUAAUGAAUACCUUCUCAGUGAUUUUGAUGGAGACGGAAACUACCCAGCACCUUAUGAGAAGGAACGUUUGGACCAAGAAUUAAAACUUAUUGGUCAGUAUGGUCUUAGAAAUAAGCGUGAAGUUUGGCGUGUCAAGUUGAGCCUCGCACAAAUUCGCAAAAAUGCACGAGAAUUAUUGACUCUUGAGGAGAGCAACCUUCGAAGGCAAUUUGAAGGUAAUGCGCUGCUUAGGCGUCUUGUUCGUAUGGGCAUCUUGCCGGAGGACAAGAUGAAACUAGAUUUUGUCCUCGGCUUAAAGAUCGAGGAUUUCCUCGAAAGACGUCUGCAGACUAUUGUUUAUAAAAUGGGUCUUGCCCGUUCCAUUCACCACGCGCGUGUCUUGAUUCGCCAAAGGCAUAUUCGUGUUCGUAAACAACUUGUCGAUUGUCCAAGCUUCAUGGUGCGUCUCGACUCACAGAAACACAUUGAUGUUAGUCUUAAGAACGCCGGUAAACUGGGUCGUUGUGCUCGAAAGAAGGCAAAGAACGGUGGAGAAGAGAAAGAAGAAGCCGACGAAUAA